AUGCACUUCCGAGCUCUCUUCGCCAUCGCAGUUGCCUCCGCCACGGCCGUCUCCGCGGUGGCCGUGCCUACCGGAGAACCCGCGCUUGACCUCGUGUCCCGACACGAUGACACGAUUGACGACGGCGUCUGCGUGGCCAUCAGUAACGACGAGGCAUCAGACCUCGAGUCCGAAAUCGACGAUGCACAGAAUCACGGUAUCUUCCAUCGCAGCCUCCCAGGUCGACCCGUCAACCAGGCCCCAGCAGAGAACCGAGGUCUGGUCAUCAUGGUCGACAGGGUGUACCAUUGCGAGUGGGUCGCGACCCUUGGCAACCGACGAUGCAGGCAGCGCUGCAAGUGCGACGAGCAAUCACAUCUUGCUGUAAACGAACAAUGCAAGUACAGGCCGAGCACGGGCGCGUGCGACUGCGGCAAUGACUGA